GAUGAACAGGUAUGAGGUCAUUGGGCAGAUUGGAGAGGGAGCGUUUGGAAAAGCCUUUUUGGCCCGGGACAAAGGAGGAGGUGACAGUGCCCAGUGUGUGGUCAAACAGAUCAAUCUCAGGAAGAUGUCAGCAAAAGAGAAGGAAGGGUCCCAAAAAGAGGUGACGCUGCUGUCCCAGAUGAAGCACACAAACAUAGUGGCAUUUAUCGACUCGUUUCAAGAGAAGGGCUCCUUGUUUAUAGUGAUGGAGUACUGUGACGGAGGAGAUCUGAUGAAGAAAAUUCACACGCAGAGAGGAGUGUCCUUCAGCGAGGAGCAGAUUUUAGACUGGUUCGUUCAGAUCUGCCUUGGCCUCAAACACAUUCAUGACAAGAAGAUACUACACCGAGACAUCAAGACUCAGAACAUCUUCCUGACCAGCGGAGGCAGCAAAGUGAAGCUCGGAGACUUCGGCGUUGCACGAAUGUUGAAUAACACCACAGAGCUGGCUCGUACCUGUGUGGGGACGCCUUAUUACCUGUCCCCUGAAAUCUGUGAGAAUCGACCCUACAACAACAAGACAGAUAUCUGGUCUCUGGGCUGUGUCCUGUAUGAGCUGUGCACACUCAGACAUCCGUUUGAAGGCAGCAGUCUGAGGCAGCUGGUCAAUAAGAUCUGCAGGGGGCGCUACAUCCCGGUGCCUGCUCGAUACUCCUACGAGCUGCGCCUCCUCGUCACUCAACUUUUUAAGGUGAGUCCCCGGGAUCGUCCCUCCGUCAGCUCUGUCCUCAAACGGACACUUCUACAGAAACAUCUGAGCCGACAUCUGGAAGAACAGGACAAAUCAAGUCACACAGUCCCAGCCCCAAACAGAGCGCCACCUUCAGUCCGACCUGCUCAAAUACAAGAGAAAGUGCAAAGUCCCAGAGCUGAAGAGAAAAUGAAGAAACACGACUGGAAGAUCCAUCAGAGAGUUUACACACGUCUACAGCACAGACCUCUUCAUCACAGACUGGCCCAAGCAGCUGAUCUCCGUCAUGUGGACUUUGUACCUCAAGAGAAACCAAGAGCGGAGCAGCCAUCGGGGGCGCCGUAUCUCCACUAUCACGCCCAGCUCGACGCCUUUCAGCUCCGACACAGAGAGGAGCCACCGCCCGAGCCGUACCAACUAGUGGCUGCGGCUCGAAAUGAAUAUUUACAAAGGAGACGAGAAGCAAACCAGUACAAGGUUCGAGCGGAGAAGCAGCUGGGUCUACGUCCAUCCACGGCAGAGCGCCCCCACAGGCCCGGAGGUCACAUGAACGCAAUGGGACCAAACCAACACACACCACAUGACAAGAAACACGACGGACGACAGGAGUAUUUGCGUGAACUGGAGCUGAUCCGGCUGCAGUAUCAUCAGGACGUGAAGGAGAUGAAGCAGAGAGCGGAGGUUCAGCAUCAGAACAAACGUGAGACGUUUGUGGUGGAGAAACCUCAGAGAGAAGCAGCAGCCUGUGAACAGCCACGAGCCUCAAACCAGGACGUUGAGGCGGCGCUGAGGCAGAUUGGACAGGAGCCCAGAGAGUCCAAAAGAGAGAAAAGGCAAAAGGGGAAGAGAGGAAUCAUGUUUGAGAUCAGACUGAACGAACUGCAAGAAGAAACGAAAGAUGAAGAUGUGAAAACAGCUGGAAGACAGAAAGAGGACGUGGACCCUCUGAACCAGACGCUGAACUUUGAGGAUGGAGAACAGCUGCAGCUCUGUGAUUGGCUGGAGCAGAGAAGGGGGUGGAGUCAGAGGGUUCCUGAAACCUUAUUGGAGGCUUUGGGAAACAGGGACGUGAUGACUGCCACCGCCUGCACUGUCCAAACUGAGCCAGGUGAAGAUGGUGCGGUGCGUCGGCAGUGGACAGAGGGAGCUCAGAGCGCGCUCCUCGAGGCUCUGGACCAGGCUGAGCUUCAACACGCCACCCUGAGCUCUGUCACUGCAGAGAGAGUGAACCUGGACUCUGUGGAGGAGGCUCAUGGAACCAUCAGAGACGCUGUAAAACGCCAAAACCCCUGCACUGUGGUCCAGGAGGAAGAGGAGGACAAGGAGAGAGAGGAGGAAGAGGAGGACUCGGACGUGGAGAGUGACGAAGAACGACUGGAGCCUCGAUCGGACGAUGACGACACUAACUUUGAAGAGUCGGAGGAUGAGCUGAGGGAGGCUGUGGCCGACUCCAUGGUGAACCUGCUCGUCCUGGACCAGGCCCCGCUGCAUGAUGGGAACCAGGAAGUGAGCUCCACGGACCCGCCACAGAUCAGGCAGGACGGGGACUCCACUGACACCACGGGAGGAGGAGGAGGAGGAGGUGAAAACCAGGAGAACAAAGCCACGAGUAAGGACAACUGA